CAUAUGCCAGGUUCAGAUAGUAUUAUAUAAAAAACGAAGAUGAGUUUUCAGACCAAUAUGGAGAUAGUUCCGCAUCUUGUGUCUCUUGAAGAUUGGAUCUGGAGAAUUUAAUUAAACGUUUUAUGUUUGGUAAGGAUUUUAUUUGCUUUUCAACUAAAAUGAAAGUUGAAAAUAUUACUAUUUUUCCAAUAAAGAUUUCAAAAUUCUUUGAUAAAUUAUGAGUGGCUCAAUGAUUAUAUGUACGUGUGACGUAUAGGACUUGCGGUUGUAAAAAAAACUAGAUUGACAUUCACGUUUGACAUUUGUCACAAUCACAAUUCAAUUUUCAAUUCAACUUGAAUUCAACCAAUAAGAGUGAAUUUAUCGAUCAAAAUUAGCUUAAGUUGAACAUCCGUUAUCAUCAAUAAAUAACGUGCGAUCUGUGGAUUUCCAUGCAUUUUUGUACUGUAUAUCGAGAGGAUAUGAUUAAUUAUCAAGACCUGAGAUGUUACGUCGAUUACUAGGUGUAAGAAGAUUGUUUAGAAUGCCUAUAACCGAGACUGGGGAUCAAUAUUCUGUUUGGGUGGGUUUGAUUUAUAUAUUUAAUUUAAUUGUGGGCACCGGAGCUCUCACACUACCCGCUGCAUUUGCUAGAGCGGGAUGGGGACUCAGCACUAUAUCUCUUCUCUUUCUUGCAUUCAUGAGUUUUAUGAAUGCAACAUAUGUUAUAGAGACUUUGGCAUGUGCUAAUGCAGUUUUCAAAUGGAAAAGAUUACAAUUCAUUAAAAGGAAUAGUAUUCAAGAGCAUGAAUCAGAUGAAGAGCCGAGUUCCUCGCAGCAUCACUACGGUGAGCUGGAGGACCCUCUUGUGUGCGGUGACUCAAUACCCUCCAGAUAUUACAGUCUGGAUAAAAGAGUGGAACUGGGAGAAAUGGCAAACCUAUUCCUAAAUAAAGGUGGACGCACAAUGUUUUACUGCACUUUGUGUGUGUAUUUAUAUGGAGAUCUUUCAAUAUAUUCAGCAGCUGUAGCCAAAUCUAUGAUGGAUAUUGUAUGUUCAACAGUGCCAGCUAAUGUGUCUAACACUACGGAUUGGGACGCAUUGCCGUGUUUCAACGUGUCUUCCACCGCGCCGGACGCGUACACCCGCCUCGACUGCUACCGAGUCGCGUUGUUGACAUUCUUCGCCGUCACAGGACCAUUCAUCUUCUCUGAUGUACAGAAGACCAAGUAUCUACAGCUGUUUACUUCAGGCAUGAGGUGGCUUGCGUUCGCGAUCAUGAUAUCAAUGGCGAUAUACCUGCUGUGUGUGCGCGGGCCGCAGGGAACUCCGCCCGCCUUCGACUUCACAGGCAUGCCCACGCUGUUCGGAGCCUGCGUGUACUCCUUCAUGUGCCACCACUCGCUGCCCGGCCUCAUCAGCCCCAUCCGCGCCAAGUCCCGCCUCGGCCUCCAUCUCGCUCUCGACUACGCCCUCAUCAGCAUCUUCUAUCUCCUUCUAGCGUUCACCGGAGCGUUCGCUUUCGCCAAACUCAGCGAUCUCUACACACUCAAUUUCGUACCAACGGAUAAUGAAAAUAUAUUUCUAGAAAUAGUUGAAUAUUUCUUAGCUCUCUUCCCUGUGUUCACACUCUCCACUAGCUUUCCAAUCAUCGCUAUAACCCUUAGAAAUAAUCUACAAAGUCUCUUUUUGGAUACGACGCGUCUAGAGUCGUAUAAUAUUAUAUUGAGAAAACUUUUGUUUCCCAUUAUAACUGUUGCGCCGCCGCUCUUGUUGACCUACUUUUUAGAGGAUAUCGGUAUUCUUAUUAAGUUUACGGGCUCGUACGCGGGAACUGGUAUACAAUAUCUGAUGCCCACAUUCCUAGUGGUUUCUGCGAGACGACACUGCACCAACUUGUUAGGUCUAGGAGUUGUUAAUAAAUACAAGAGUCCCUUUUCUCACAUAGCCUGGGCCGUGUUCGUCCUGCUUUGGUCUUUUAUGUGUAUUAUUUUGGUGUCGGUGAAUAUUUUCGAGAAAAAUUCAUGACGUUGUUGAUCUCAACUUUAUGUAGGGAAUUUUAGCAGAGAUUUAUUAGAGUGCGUGUGGAAAUAAUUGAUUUCUUUGUUUAUUCUUGAGUUAUGUUCCAGUUGUUACGGUAUAAACAUUGCAUAUGCACUAUUAAAUAUUUUGGGCUCUAAUGUUUACUCAUUUGCUGAUAGUCGUAUAUAAAUUAAGAAAACUAAUUACGACCAAUGGACAAAUGGCGGCGAUGACGUCACAUGUGUUUAGCCAAUCAGAGUGAAGUUAAUAAUACGUUUUAAACUCUAAACAAUAAAAUCAUGAUUCCAAGAAAGCAAAUUUACGGUUGUACGCGACGAAAAAUAGAGAUUUUGUACCUUAGUCAGGGUUUUUCUAUUUUAUUUACGGCUCAUACAAGAUAUAUUAUAUCUUUUAAUUUAGUAACUGCCCUUUUUAAUAUAAUUGUUAGGUAUGCUUAGCAUGUAAUGUUAAAUAGCAUAAUGUUUUACCAUAGACUACGCAUGACAAUAAUUAAAUUAAUGCUCUCGAGAGAUUUCUUAAAAUAAUGUGAUGCUUCGUAUAUAUUUUGUGUUAUCUGGUGACCAGAUAUUUUGUAUGUGAAGAUGUUAGAUUAUUUAUAUUUUUAAGUAAAUAUAGCUGUUUUAAGGCAUGCCAAUUAAUAUUUUUAUAUAGCUUUGCUUUUAUUUUUAAUACAAUUGACAAUAUUUCUGAUGCUAAAAUUCUUGCCAAUCUAAAUUGUCACCUAGGAGUGAUAAAUUAUAUUCCUUUGAAAUAUUUAGGUUUAAAAUAUAACAUGUACAACACAUGCACAAAAUCAUAAUGUCUGGCUUCGAUGAUGUCAAAAUGUAUGAAAUAACGAAACGGUGAAAUGUGUGUUUGUGAUUUAAUAUCAUCCGACGAACGAGUCGGGACAAGAUAACUUUUUAUAAGUUAAGCAUUUGGCGGUUUAAAAGUACAAUAAUAUAGAAUACACAAAAUAUGUUGUUAUAAGGAAUGUUAGUAAACUUGAUAGUCUGUUGUUACAUUUAAAGCUUAAAUGAAAUAUUUUAAUAAUUAAAUUCCAGUAUCGUAGUGGUUCAAGAGUGAUUGUUGUUUUGAAGUCUGUGAUAGAAUUACCAUUUUGUUGUAACGGCGAAUGUUAAAAAGAUCGACUGAUUUAUGUACAUUUUUAUAGUGUGAAGAUAUUUUUUUACUAAUAUUAAAGUUUAUUUUGUGUGUUUGUAA